AUGAACAAUGCCAUCAAUCAGAAUGCUAUUCCCAGAUUUGGGGCAUUGAAACGAGAUCCAACCUUUAAGAACACAUUCAACUAUUGCUUGUAUAAGUGUGUCACAGUAGUUGAAUUUGAAACCAAUUGGAGAUCAAUGCUGCAACAAUAUGAGCUGAUAGGGGAAGAGUGGUUUACAAAUGUAUACAAUUUGAGAGAAAAAUGGUGCCCUGCCCUAAGCAAAGAUUUCUUUUCAGAUGGGAUUUUGUCUUCCCAACGAAGUGAAAGCACUAAUCACGCCAUCGGAUUUAGAGCAAACAGAACAACAAGUUUAACUGAUUUCUAUAGGUUGUUCAAAGGAACAAUACAACGUUGGAGAAAAGUUUACACGUUGUCACUAUUCAGAGACUUUGAGGAGGAAUUUGGAUAUUCAAUUGCAACAACAGCAAAAUUAAUUUGGAAACAAGGUAAUACUGAGUUCUAUGUUGUGUCCAUUGAUGAGGGACCUUGGUCUGCACAGAGAGUAACAUACAUCCACGAGAGCCAGGCAGUAUCAUGUACGUGUAAAAACUUUGAAGCUUCGGGAUGGUUGUGCUACCACUGCAUUAGGAUAUUGCACCUUCAUUCGGUUAACCGGAUUCCAGAAUAG